AUGCCAAAACUCACCACUUAUAACGUCCUGAUCGGUGUCAUUGUCGCAAUCGGCACAUUUGGGUAUGGAUAUGGCUUUGGUGUGUUCAUCACCAGUAUUGGCCAGCCAGGAUUCUAUAUCGACUUCAAUCUUGACCCAACAAGCAAGCAUACUGCGAACAUCCUCGGAGCUGUGAAUGCCCUUUUCGCUGCUGGAGCCGCCUUCGGUGCCUUGGCUCAGGCACCAUUGGCCGAUUGGGUCGGGCGCAAGAGAGCACUGGCAGCUUCAGCAUUACUCUCUCUGAUCGGAGCAGCAUGGACAGCCGGAUCGCCAUAUCUGGCUAUGCUGCUUACUGUCCGCAUUCUCCAUGGCUUCGGUCUGGGUAUGCUGAUCUGUCUGGUACCCUUGUAUCUUACCGAGGUCUCUCCGGCACACUGCAGAGGGUUGGUUUCUGGUAUGACGGUCAUGGGCUUCGGAAUGGGUUAUGUGAUUGUUGCCUGGGUAUCCGUGGGAGCAUAUUACUCAACCAACCUGUCAAUGCAAUGGCGUCUUCCUUUAGCCUUAGCAACAGUUGGGCCUCUGGGACUCUUGAUCGCCCUCCCGCUGGUUCCCGAAUCUCCCCGGUAUCUUUGUUGGGUCGACAAAAAUGACGAAGCUCUCAAGGUUCUCGAGCGUUUACACAAUGAUUCGACCGAUCCGACGAAUUCUGCUGCACAUGCAGAAUUCCUGCAGAUCAAGGCGCAAGUCAUGAUUGACAAGGAACAGAAAUCCUCUUAUGUCCGUAUGUUCACCAAACCAUCAUGGCGACGACGGUCAUUGCUGGUAAUCUUCAUUAUGUUUGCAUCUCAAGCAACAGGGGUCAACGGAAUUGCAAACUAUCUGGUCAUUAUAUUCGGCGAUUUAGGACUCACAGGAGUGAUGCCGAUUCUUGUCUAUGCCGUCUACGCCGUGAUUGGCACAGCUGCUGCCUUUUAUGCGUGUUUUGUGAUGGACCAAUAUGGUCGACGACAACUAUUCAUCCUCGGAUUCCCUAUUCUCGCGGUCAAUCUUCUCAUUGAAGGUCUGCUCCAGCGUCAAUAUCUAGGAACAGGAAACAGAGCUGGCAAUGGUGCAGCGGUUGCGUUCAUAUUCCUGUUCAUCGUGCUUUACCAAUUCAUUGAUGCGCCAUCAUUUGUGUGGUGUGCAGAGAUUUUCCCGACGAAUCUUCGUGCUAAAGGAAUCGGGUUGAGCAUGUUCUCAUACUUUGUGGGAUUCAUUACUUUUUCGACGCCUGGACCACGAGCAUUCCGUGACGUUAAAUGGGGGAUGUACCUGGUCUAUAUGGGCCUCAGUAUCGCAUGUGGCAUCAUUGCCUAUUUCUAUGUGCCUGAGACCAAGGGUUUACCUAUCGAAGAGAUGGGAGCAUUGUUUGGAGAUGAGGUGGCGCUGCACAUGACAUCAGAUGGUCGUGGCAUUGUUGAGAAACCAGACGUCGAACAGGUCGAGGUACAAGCAGCAAAGGUGUGA